CACAAGGUAGCAAUAGAUUAGCGGAGGGAUAUGUUUUUACAGCAAACACGUUUUAACAGGAAAUGUGUGGAAAUUUAUAAUCUGUGAAAAUCUGGCGAGCUUUGUAGAGUUGCAUAAUAAAUUUGAGACUGUCAUUGUCCGUCCAUUCGAAAUGUUGGUUAGUUCACGACGAGGACGAAACGCACAGAAGUGAGUCAUCUUGCUAGCGAGCUAGCGAGCUACCCAUAGCUAGCUAGCUACCUUCCAUAUCGCGAUCCAGGUAGCCCUGAGGUGAAGGAGGAUGGGGAACCAGCUGGCUGGAAUCGCCCCCUCUCAGAUCCUGUCUGUGGACAGCUAUUUCUCUGACAUCCACGACUAUGAGUACGACAAGAGCCUGGGCAGCACCAGGUUCUUCAAGGUGGCACGGGCAAAACACAGGGAGGGCCUGGUGGUUGUCAAGGUGUUUGCUAUCCAGGAUCCCUCGCUGCCCUUGACCAGCUACAAGCAGGAGCUGGAGGAGCUCAAGAUCCGCCUGCACUCGUGCCAAAACUGUCUGCCGUUCCAGAAGGCCACGCUGACCGAGAAGGCGGCCAUGCUCUUCCGCCAGUACGUGCGGGACAACCUGUACGACCGCAUCAGCACGCGGCCCUUCCUCAACAACGUGGAGAAGAAGUGGAUUGCUUUCCAGAUCCUGAACGCCGUGGACCAGGCGCACAAGUCCGGCGUGAGGCACGGUGACAUCAAGACGGAGAACAUCAUGGUGACCAGCUGGAACUGGGUUCUCCUCACGGACUUUGCCAGCUUCAAGCCCACGUACCUGCCCGAGGACAACCCGGCAGACUUCAACUACUUCUUUGACACCUCCAGGAGGAGGACGUGCUACAUCGCCCCCGAGCGCUUUGUGGAUGGCAGCAUGUUCGCCACAGAAAGCGACCAGACCACGCCCCUUGUGGACCUCACCAGUAACAGCCAGAGGACCCGAGGGGAGCUCAAGCAGCCCAUGGACAUCUUCUCAGCAGGUUGUGUGAUAGCGGAACUCUUCACAGAGGGCAACCCUCUCUUUGACCUCUCACAGUUGUUAGCCUACCGCAAAGGCCACUUUCAGACUGAGCAAGUACUGAUGAAAAUCGAGGACCGGAGUGUCAGAGAGUUGGUGGCCCAGAUGGUGCAGCGUGAGCCAGAGAAACGGUUGACAGCGGAGGAGUACUUGAAGCAGCAGAGGGGCAAGGCCUUCCCAGAUAUCUUUUAUACAUUCCUUCAGCCGUACAUGGCUCAGUUCGCUAAGGAGACCUUCCAGUCCGCGGACGAGCGGGUUCUGGUGAUCCGCAAGGACCUGGAGAACAUCCUGCACAACCUGUGCGGCGGGGAGCCCGCGGAGAAGGCGGCGGCCGAGUCGGACACCACCAAGGAGCACGGGCUGGUGGUGCUGGUGUCGGUCAUCACGUCCUGCCUGCAGACGCUGUGCUCCUGCGACUCCAAGCUGGCCGCGCUGGAGCUGGUGCUGCACUUGGCCGAGCGGCUGAGCGUGGACAUCCUGCUGGACCGCAUCACGCCUUACCUGCUGCACUUCUGCAACGACAUGGUGCCCCGCGUGAGGGCCGAGGCCGUGCGCACCCUCACCAAGGUGCUGGCGCUGGUGAAGGAGGUGCCGCGCAAUGACGUCAACAUCUACCCGGAGUACAUUCUGCCUGGCAUCGCCCAUAUGGCCCAGGACGAGGCCACCAUCGUCCGUCUGGCAUAUGCAGAGAACAUAGCCCAUCUGGCUGAGACAGCCUUGCGAUUUCUGGAGCUGGUUCAGGAGAACAACCUGAACAUGGAGCAUGAUUUAAAUGGGGAAGAUGUGGAGGAGGCUCUUCACCCCAAUGAGAACUACGACUCUGAGCUCCAAGCUCUACACGAGAUGGUGCAGCAGAAGGUGGUCACCCUGCUGAGCGACCCAGAGAACAUUGUGAAGCAGACGCUGAUGGAGAAUGGCAUCACACGGCUCUGUGUUUUCUUCGGCCGGCAGAAGGCCAACGAUGUGCUCCUCUCCCACAUGAUCACUUUCCUCAAUGACAAGAAUGACUGGCACCUCCGCGGGGCCUUCUUUGACAGCAUUGUGGGUGUGGCAGCCUAUGUGGGCUGGCAGAGUUCCUCAAUCCUGAAGCCGCUGCUGCAGCAGGGCCUGAGUGAUGCUGAGGAGUUUGUCAUCUACAAGGCCCUGAAUGCCCUUACCUGCAUGUGCCAACUGGGACUACUGCAGAAACCCCACAUCUAUGAGUUUGUCAGCGAUAUUGCUCCCUUCCUGUGCCAUCCCAACCUGUGGAUUCGGUAUGGGGCAGUGGGGUUCAUCACCGUGGUGGCACAGCACCUUAACAUCGCCGAUGUCUACUGCAAGUUAAUGCCCCAUCUCAACCCUUUCAUCACCCAGCCAAUCAUACAGAUUGACAAAGAGAUCGUUCUCCUGAGUGUUCUGAAAGAGCCAGUGAGCCGCUCCAUCUUCGACUACGCGUUGCGCUCCAAGGACAUCGGCAGCCUCUUCAGGCACCUGCUGCUACGCCAGAAGAAACGCAAUGGCUCCAUCCCAGAAUGCCCUAUUCCUGAGGACCCGGCCAUUGCCCAGCUGCUGAAGAAGCUGCUCUCACAGGGAAUGACAGAGGCUGAGGAAGACAAACUGCUGGCCCUCAAAGACUUCAUGCUUAAGUCCAACAAGGCCAAAGCGAACAUCGUGGACCAGAGUCACCUGGGCGAGGGAGUCCAGAGCGGGGUCAUCGACCUGGCCACACUGGGCAUCACUGGGCGGCAGGUGGACCUCAUCAAACCUAAACAAGAGUCGGAGGACAAAAGAGCGAGGAAACACACUAAACAGGACUCCAACAUGAACGAGGAGUGGAAAAGCAUGUUCGGUUCCCUGGAGCCCCCCAGCGUCACGCCCACGCCACCGAUGGUAUCUAAAGUUCUUGUUCCGCCCGGUGGCGAACCAGAGGGAACUCAGCCUGGAAAGCCCCUGCGAUCCGAGUCCUCCCCGAUUCUUAACCUCCAUCAUGUCCCAUCCUCGGCCCAGGUGACGGAAGGGACGGGGACGCAGCCCAGGAAGUCAGCUCCCCCGGUUGUGCCAGUGGUGCAGUCUGUGGGCGGAGCCUCCACUUACCAGCGCCGCCUCAACACCUGCAAGACAGAGCUGCAGCAGCUGGUGCAGCAGAAGCGAGAGCAGUGCAACGCAGAGCGCAUGGCCAAGCAGAUGAUGGAGAGCGCCGAAUGGGAGAGCAGGCCGCCGCCGCCAGGCUGGCAUCCCAAAGGCUUGCUGGUCGCGCACCUGCACGAGCACAAGUCUGCCGUCAACCGGAUUCGCGUCUCAGAUGAGCACUCCAUCUUCGCCACCUGCUCGAAUGACGGAACUGUGAAGAUCUGGGACAGUCAGAAAAUGGAGGGAAAGACCACGACCACCCGGUCAGUUCUGACCUACUCGCGCAUCGGGGGUCAUGUGAAAACCUUAACCUUUUGUCAAGGCUCACACUACCUGGCCGUGGCCUCGGACAAUGGAUCCAUCCAGCUCCUGGCCAUCGAAGCAAAUAAGCCCCCAAAAUCUCCUAAAGUUCAUCCCUUUCAAACCAGAUUCCUAGACCAGCAGGAUGAGGGAUGUGUUGUGGACGUCCAUCACUUCAACUCGGGGGCGCAGUCAGUGCUGGCUUACGCUACAGUCAAUGGCUCCCUGGUGGGCUGGGACCUCCGCAGCUCCAGCAACGCCUGGACCCUUCGGCACGACCUGCGUCUGGGCCUCAUCACGUCCUUUGCCGUGGAUAUGCACCAGUGCUGGCUGUGUGUGGGCACUAGCAACGGCACCAUGGCAUGCUGGGACAUGCGGUUUCAGCUCCCGAUCUCUAACCACUCCCACCCAGCUCGAGCGCGAAUCAGGCGCCUGCUCAUGCACCCACUGUACCAGUCCUCGGUCAUUGCUGCUGUCCAGGGGAACAAUGAGGUCUCCAUGUGGGAUAUGGAAACGGGAGACAGAAAGUUCACACUCUGGGCCAGCUCCGCUCCUCCCCUCUCAGAGAUGCAGCCCUCGCCCCACAGUGUUCACGGCAUAUACUGCAGCCCUGCUGAGGGCAAUCCCCUCCUCCUCACAGCUGGAUCUGACAUGAGAAUCAGAUUCUGGGAUUUGGCUUACCCAGAAAGGUCCUACAUUGUGGCUGGAGGAGCCAAUGACUCCCUUCACUGUCCGUCUGUCUUCUACAACCGCAAGAUUAUCGAAGGAACCGAAGUCGUGCAGGAGAUCCACAGUAAGCAGAAGAGCGGCUCCACGGAGGACACCCCCCGGCGAGGGCCAGAGUCCCUGCCCGUCGGACACCAUGACAUCAUCACUGACAUCGCCACCUUCCAGACAACUCAGGGCUUCAUCGUUACCGCCUCCAGAGACGGCAUUGUCAAAGUGUGGAAAUAAAUGUCCUCCCCCCAUGCCUUGUCCCACACUGCCCCCAUCCACACCCUCAGCUGAAAGUGUGCUAGCAACUAGUGUACAUAAUAUAAAUCUUAUUAAUAUAAAAAACAAGCAUUUAGAAUUAAUGCUGCAAAAUAUAUAUUAAAUAUGGCAACCCAGAUGUAUGCUGCUCAUUAGUAUUUACAAAUACUGCUACCAAUAAUGCGUGCUGUGAGCUGUUAUACUAAAAUGUCAAAAAAAAUCUGUAGACUUAGUGAUUAUAAG